AUGACGUACCCGGCCGCCCGCCAGCCCGAUCCCCCCAACGACCGUUCCCCUCAUCGACCGUUACCCCCAUCGACCGUUACCCCCAUCGACCGUUACCCCCAUCGACCGUUCCCCCUCCCCUUCACCCCCACCACGACAUUUUUCGUCUCCCCCGCGGGGAAUGGCAUCGGAUGGACGCUCCUCCUGUCCCCUCCGCAUGCCGGGCGAGUCUCAUUCGGCGCCCCUCUGACCUGGGACGCGGCCAACCAUGAAGCUGCGACGGCGGCCUCUUCGGCUUACCGCCACCGCGGCUCCAAUGCAUCUCUCUCCUCCGCCGCCGCCGCCGCCGCCCUCAGGGCGAUGCCCAUGACGCCCACCAAUGUCGCCGAAGUCCAGUCGAAGCGUGCCAUGCGCCGAAGUCCAUCCGUCUCCUCCGCAGGAAGCCGCGGCUCCAGGAGGCCUCCCCGGAGAUCCGCGAGCGUCGGCUCCAUGAACGAGCGAACCUUUCGAUCACCCUCACCCGGUCGCGCGUCCGGUCGUCGCUCCCCCGGUCGCAGCCCGGCGCCGAUGGAUCGAAACGUCCCACCCGUCCCGAGCAUGCCGGCCGCCGCCUCCGCCGACCAACCCGCCACCACCCGCAAGAAGAGCAUCCAGAGGGAGGUCCAGAGGGGAGUCCACAAGGAGGUCUACAUUGGCGAGGAGGUCCACAGGGAGCCUCACAAGGAGGUCAACGUCCGCAGGAAGAGCUCCGUGAAGAAGGGACCCGACGACGGCCCGCGCAAGGGGACGACGUUGCAGGUCCAGCCCUUCAUGACUGCUAGCGAAAAGAGGAAGCAAGGCCAGCAAGCCUCGUGGUUUGGUGGUGCGACUGCCCGAGAUUUGGAAAACAUGCCAAGGCCCAGCUCCGUCGUGCCGCAGUCGGCCGCCGUCAUGGUCGACGAGGACCUCGAGCCACGACCACGGAGCACGAGCCCGUCCAUCACCAACUUCUCCUAUCCCCGCAGCCGCCGACCGUCCUCCUCUUCGCAAGCACUCGACGAUGACGACGAAGGCCUCAUGUACGAUCCCAACUCGAGGCGCAUGGUGCCGAGGCCCGUCAUGGCAAGAUCGCAGAGCCUCGUGGAGCGGGAGCCGUCGACGAAGAAGAAGAAGAAGCAAGACAUCCACCGAAGCGGAUCCCACCUGGCCAAGGGAACCGUCGCGCGGACGCAAGUUGCUGCCGCCGAAACGUCUCAGCCACAACCCUAUCAUCAUCGGCAUGGAUCCGUGGCCGAUGCACCAAUCGCCGAGUUGGAAACGAUCCCAGCAGCGGCAUCUGUGCCGCCGAUGCAGCCCAAGAAGGUGAAGAAGAAGAAGAAGGCUGCGGAAACGGCAGACCGUAUUACGGUCCUGAAGCCGGCCCUUGUCAAGAAGCCAUCCAUCGUCCGGGAAGAGCCCGAUCGAGAAGCCCAGGAGGAGGCGCGCGACUCCCAGCAAAGGAGUUUGCAACCAGGGACUGUCGUUCGGCCACCUUCGACCGUGAAUGCCACCAACGGCCUGGCACAGGCGUCUCAAAGACCAUCGGGCGGCAGCCUACGCGGCUCUCGCGAACCGUCGGAGAGUCCCGCCCGGUCGGCCACUCUCAUUGCCACGGCCGACCAGCUGACGGUCAAGCACGUGCCGCCUCUACGAUCCGUGUCUCCCCGCAAGUCUGCGCUGAAGUUGACGCCUCGCAACCUCUCGCCCUCCGACGACGGCUCCGAGGCCUCCAAACGAAAUGGGAGCCCGCAGCGUCAGGACGAGGCCGCUCCGGGUCGAAAGAAGAGCGUGCGGGUGAGCUGGGAUGACAGGAAUACCGUCGUCGUCGGUGACUCGGCCCAGGCUCAUGAGGAUGAAUCGCCCAUGCCGUCAACAACCCAGUCGAAAACGACGUGGCACAACUUCGUCACGAGGUAUACGAAAUGGGACACCACGUCCAUCAGUCCCGCCGAGGAUGAGACCAUGUCCCCGAGGCCUGCCCUACCCUUCUUCGGCAGCGUUCGAGAAAAGAAGACGAAGGAGGCGGAGGAACGUGCCUUGGUUCGACCCCAGGAACGGACCUGGUCAAACUCUUUCGAGCCGGCUGACGCCGGCCUGUCGUCCGAUGCUGCCACUGGCCCACCAGUGAGCCAGGAGCAAGCGAUCCGAAAUGCAGCCAACAUCUCCAAGUACAGGGAACCCUUGCCGCCCAUCGUACAGACCGUCGAGGGGGAUGGUAGGGGCGACGGCUUGAUUUCCAGCUCAGAUGAUGACCUGGACACGGAUGCGACGGACCAAGAAGAUGGCGAAAAUGGCACGCCGUUGAAGUCAUCCGAGAUCCGAGCUCCCAAGCCCUCGACUACCGCGAAGGACUCGACCGCCACAAAGGAAUCGGCAAUCGUCAAGGACUCGACUAUUGCCAAGGACUCGACUACUGCCAAGGACUCGACUACUGCCAAGACUGCCACCAAGGACUCUACUGCCACCAAGGACUUGACUACUGCUAAGGACUCGACUGCCAUAAAGGACUCGACUGGCGCGGGACCGAGCAACCGCAAUAUCCCCAUUAUCUCAGUGCAGCAGCCCAGCCCCCUUCCGCAAGACAUGAAGGAAAAGGAAAGGGGCACUGAAAAGGCCAAGGCCGCGGCAGGCACGGUGUCGGAGCCGGAGCAGGCCGGAGCCGCUGCGAUGCCUCCUCAUAUGGAGAAUAUUGAAGAGGCUGCCGAAGAGGAAACGGAUCACGAUAGUGUCUACAGCGACGCGUAUGAGGAACUGGAAGAUGUCGAUGCCGACGGCUUCAUGUCCCUUGAUGCUGUCGUCGAGAGUCCGACAGUGACGGAUUCUCCAAAGGAGUCUCCAAAGGAGAUGGAGCAACAAGCGUCACUGACACAGCCAAAGGAAGGCAAGAAGGUGAGAAACGUGUUGAAGAAAGCGGCACCUAAGGUUGUUCAAAGCUCGACCGUUCCAAACGAUUGGGAAAAUGCAAAAUCCUACUGGAGAAGCUUAUCCAUCGAUCAGCGUCGACGACUCGAGGUCGAGGCUCUCUCGGAUACUGGUGAAGGCGCCGCUGUCGAACCAAAGAAAGCCACCGAGAAGGGGAAUAAGGGGAAUAAGGGGGCCAAAAAGACAACGGCAGCGGCGGUGGCGGCGAAGUCUUCGACCACCCAGGGAUAUCAGAUUCAACCAGGGACGAAAUGGACGGCCGAGAAAUCAGCCGAGGCUUCUAGGCGUGCGUCGGCGCCCGUGAUUCAAGACAGCAAGGUUUCAAAGCCUCGGCAGCAGACGGUCAAGAAGAGGACGAGUUCCGCCUCCCUACACUCUUCUUCAUCGUCUGAGAGGGUUGCGACCAGGCCGCAAACGGCAGACGGCGCGCGUAGGGCGACAAUUGCCGGCGUUCAAGGAAAACGUUUGCCGAAAUCUGGUCAGCAGAACGGCAGCACACUUCGUCUGGCACCAUCCCGAGCGGCCCGACCAGUGUCGUACCACGUCUCGUCUCCGACAGAGCCGGUCAUGACGAACAAGCAGAAUCACUCUGCAGAUAGCCUCGCCGGAGGUGUUCACCUGAGAUCAAGCCUCAGACACAACGGAUCAGACGAGAGCGUCAGCAGUUUCAGACGUUCGCGCGCCUACUCUGGCCCGACGCCUGGUUUCAGGAUGUCAAUGAGGGUCUCUUCUGAUGAGCUGCAGGGCCAGACGACGAAGCAGGGCCGUCGGUUCAGCCUACGAUCCAUGCCGCCAACGACGACUUUCCGACGCAACUCGUUUGCGAGCGUGGGUUCAACAAACUCGUUUGGAACAGGUCGAAUGCGCCGAUCUCUACGUGCGCCGCCUGCCGAAGGUACCAAGAUGAGCCUGUCCUCUUUCAAGCGAUCAUCAGGGAACAAGAAGGGCAAGAGCAAGAAAGGCAAAGGCGGCAGUCGAUUCGCCGACUCGAGCGACGAGGAUGACGGAGGAAUUCCGAAUUUCUUCAAGAGCCGGUUUGCCGACUCAAGCGACGAGGAAGAGGUCGCUGCCCAGCGGCCAGCGCCGAAGGGAAGGACGUUGAGCAUGCCCAAAUCCAUGCGUAUCGGCAACCACUCGGCCAGCGCGGCAGCCGCCAGCACUGUAGGCAUGGUUCCCAUUGCGCGGCAAGCCUCCCUGGACUUGGACGAUAGUGAUGACGACGUCGACGACGAUAAUCUACCAUCAACAAAGGUUGCAAAGGGUAAAAAUGCGAGCCUGCGUCGCAAUCGAUCUGGCCGAGGCGGCCUGAUGUCAGGGUCAGUUACCUCCCAAGUAGAAGAUGCUUCCGGGACAUCACCCGCUCGACGCAGCAGCUUCAUGUCCAUCCUGCGCCGCAAGAAGGACCCGAGCAAGAUCUCACGUGAAAUCGCCGAGAGCGCUGCUCGAAGAGAUACGAGGCUCGAACGCUCACCAGGGGAGCUGGCCCUGAUUCGGAACAACAGCACCCGCAAACGUGGGUCGAACUGGCCGCUGCCCAACGACCAAAACAACGGUGCUUCCCCGGCGCCUGUCGAGCUCCCAGGGGACAUCCCCGCUCCGGUGAAGGUCGACGUUCGCCGGCCCUCGACGGCGUCCGCACCGACCCCGAGCAGGUCUUCCUUCUUCCAUAGGCGGAGCACCUCCCACAGCCUGCCCGGUCUAGGGCAGGAGGCCGACGAAGACUACAACAUCCCCCCUGUACCCCCCCUGCCAAAUCUUUCUGUCCUGCCUGGUCAAACUGAGCUGCCUGCCCACAGGAGGAAGAAAUUUGCUGGUCUGCGUAAAGUGUUCGGUAUCAACGACUAG